AUGCAUCUAUCAGCCCCAACAAACCUCCGAAACCAAGUAUGGAUCCCCUUCUUCAUCCUCCUCGCGGCCCGAUUUCUCCCUUCCGGGAUGCCCGACCCGAGAAUUUCGGUGGCGGCCUUCAACUGCAGCCAGUCCAGGGCGCCGACGAACGGCAGCUACGUCCCUCUGUUCACGAGCGCGAUGGAGGGCCUCGGGCAGCGCGUGAUGGCCGACGAGUGGGGCGAGUACAUCGCCAAUUCCACCAGCAUCCCUAUCUACACCUUCUUCCAGUGCCACGGCGACCUGACCCGCGACGACUGCCUCCAGUGCUACGCCGCCACUCGGACGAGCAUCCCCCGCUGCGUCCCCGCCGUCUCCGGCCGGAUCUUCCUUGACGGGUGCUUCCUCCGCUACGAUAGGUACGAAUUCUACAACCAGAGCGUGGACGCCGCCCUUGACAGGGUGAACUGCAAUACCACGCUGGGGGCGGCGAGUGGGGUCGAUUUGGAAUUUGAGAGGAACGUUAGGGCGCUGAUUGAUAAUCUGACGGCGAGCGCGGUGGAGAACGAGGGUUACGCGGUGAGGGACAGCCGGCGAGUGUUUGGGUUGGCCGAGUGUUGGAAUACGGGAAGGCCGGGCUAUGAACGCCGGCUGCUACUUGAGGUAAGGUUUUUCUUGAAUUCCACCGACGGAGCUGAAAGUGAUUCAGGGGUAUCUGGAGCAGGUCUGAUUUUGGCAAUCACUUUGCCAGUUGUGGCUUUCACCAUGCUCUGUGUUUUUGGUAACUAUGCAGUCUAUUCAAGAUGGAGAAAACGAAAACAAGAGCGUGAAAAUCUCGGCAAGAUUUCAUAUUCAUACAACAGAUCGAACCUGAAUUUCAAAUACGAAACACUGGAAAAAGCAACAAACUAUUUCGAUCUUUCAAGAAAGUUAGGCCAAGGAGGAGCAGGCUCUGUGUAUAAAGGAACUCUACCAAAUGGUAAAACGGUAGCUGUAAAAAGAUUAUUCUUCAGCACGAGACAAUGGGUCGAUGAAUUUUUCAAUGAGGUAAAUCUUAUAAGUGGAAUCGAGCACAAGAACCUUGUGAAGCUUCUUGGCUGUAGCAUUGAAGGCCCUGAAAGCCUUCUUGUUUAUGAGUUUGUGCCUAACAGAAGCCUUGAAGAGCACCUUUUUGAUACGAGCAAGAGUAGAACUCUGAGUUGGAAAGAGAGGUACAAUAUAAUUGUUGGGACGGCUGAGGGAAUUGCUUUUCUUCAUGGAGGUUGUGAGCAUAGAAUAAUCCACAGGGACAUAAAGAGUAGCAAUAUUCUUCUUGAUGAGAAUUUCGAACCAAAGAUUGCCGAUUUUGGUCUUGCUCGUGGUUUUGCAGCCGAUAAAACUCAUCUCAGCACAGGGAUUGCGGGAACAUUAGGAUAUAUGGCCCCAGAGUACCUAGUAAAAGGACAGCUUACUGAGAAGGCUGAUGUUUAUAGUUACGGCGUGUUGGUUCUUGAAAUCGUUUGCAGUAGGAAAAACAAUGCUUUCAUGGAGGGCUCUGGAUCCCUUCUGCAAGCAGUUUGGAAUCAUUUCAAAACGGAUAGAUUACCAGAAGCAGUCGAUCCUUGCUUAAAAGGCGAAUUUCCAGCAAUGGAGGCAUCAAAAGCGUUGAAAAUCGGGCUUUUGUGUGCUCAAGCAUCUGUUACAGAGAGGCCAUCAAUGGCAGAAGUUGUCCAAAUGCUCACAAACGAAAACUAUGAAAUCCCAGAACCAAAGCAACCUCCAUUUCUGCAAACACAUCCCUUCUCGACAAGCUCAACUGGGUCAUCAUCAUACAGCAUAAACAGUUUAAACUCGAACGUUAUGAGGAAAUACGAAGCAUCAUAUCGGUCGACCGAGUCUUCAAGCAUACAGAGUUCUGAUGUACAAUCGAAAAGUGAAUACUUCGGUUCAAGAGUGUCAUAG